CCGUAGAGCGGCUCACCUCGGAACAUAACACCGCUGGCAGCGGGAGAGUAAGGCGGAGGAAAAAAGAAGCGGCCACCUAUUGUCCAAGCAAGCCGCGGGUCCUGCGUGUCGAGCAGCGAGUCGGCGCGAGGCCGGGGCUCCGUCAGGUUGGAAGCAUGUUUCAGUCCCCUGUGCACAACCUUUACAGUAUACGCAAAGCCAGGAAAAAUGUCAAGCUGAUUCUGGGCGACAUUGGCUUGGAGUUCUGCAAGGACUAUGUAGAGGACUUCAAGGAGUUUUGUCCUAAUGAGUUCUACAUAAAAAAUACCAGUUGGGACGAUGUGUGCAUGUGGGAUCCAUCUUUAACAAAAGCACAGGAGUACAGGUCAAAGCCCUUCUGGUGCUCAGGAUGUUCCUUCUCCUCAAAGUUCUUCUCAGCUUACAAGAGCCACUUCCGCAAUGUGCACAGCGAGGACUUCGAGAGCCGCAUCCUGCUCAACUGCCCAUACUGCACCUUCAAUGGGAACAAAGCCACCCUGGAGACCCACAUCAGGUUGUUUCAUGUGCCCAACAAGAGCACGGGGGCUGGAGUCUCUUCAACAGUGAAGGACGGUGCCCCCAAGGGCCGGCCACUGGACAGUGCGGAGCAGGCUGUGUACUACUGUAAGAAGUGCACUUACCGGGACCCUCUGUACAAUGUGGUGCGGAAGCACAUCUACCGGGAGCACUUCCAGCAUGUGGCUGCCCCCUACGUCUCCAAAGCUGCUGAGAAAUGCGUCAAUGGCGGGACUGCCCCAACCCCCACCAACCCCCGCGAUGCAGACGCCAUCCAUUGCAAGCGCUGUCUGUUCAUCCCACGUACGUACGAGGCACUAGUUCAGCAUGUCAUCGAGGACCAUGAGCGCAUUGGUUACCAGGUGACUGCCAUGAUUGGCCACACCAGUGUGGUGGUGUCUCGGCCUCAGCCUGCGGUGUUGGUCUCCCCGAAGCUCCAGGAUAAAAGCAUUCUGGGGGUGACGGCGAAAGGCUCCCUGGUGACCAGCGGUGUCCAUGCGAUCAAUGCCCAGCAGUUUAACCGGCUCUCCCAGUCCAAGGCAGGCAUGCUGUCUUCAGUCCCCCUGAAGCAGGGCCAGUUUGGCCUGAAGGGCUCUGCCACGCAGGUCUUCUCCGUGGCCAAUCCACAGGUACGUGUCACGCUUCACAGCAGUCAGCAGGGGCCGCUCACUAUCCGGGCGAACCUGUCCUCCGGGAACAACACGCGCGGUCUAGCAGUGACUGGCCAAGUGCCAGCUCGCCUCAGCAUCCAGGCAGGAAGUUCCUCCUCCCCAAUGGUCGCAUCUUCCGUACUGAAACCUGUUCCGUUGUCAUCGCAAGUGCAGGCUGCUGCCACGACGGUAACCUCCAUUAAUCCCGGUAAAAAGGGUGGUAGUGGCUCCCUCCUGGGUACCUCCUACACGCAGAAGUGGAAGAUCUGCACAAUCUGCAACGAGCUUUUCCCAGAGAAUGUGUACAGUGCACACUUUGAGAAGGAGCACAAGGCGGAGAAGGUGCGAGCAGUAGCCAACUACAUUAUGAAGAUCCACAACUUCACCAGCAAAUGUCUCCACUGCAACCGCUACCUACCCAGUGACACGCUGCUCAAUCACAUGCUGAUCCAUGGCCUCUCCUGCCCACACUGCCGGGCCACCUUCAAUGACGUCGAGAAGAUGGUUGUGCACACGCGAAUGGUACACCCGGAUGAGACUGUGGGCCCCCGCAAUGACUCUCCGCUGACCUUUGACCUCACCCUCCAGAACAGCAACCCCAAAAAUGUCCAGCUCAUUGUCACAACGUACAACAUGCGGGAUGCUCCGGAGGAAUCGGUGGCCUUCCAUGCCCAGAACAACUCCACGACAGUUGUGUCCCAGGCUGCAAAAGUGCCCCCGAAGGUAGCAGAGGUGCAGAGCAACAUGCUGACAAAGGCCAUGCCACAGGCGGCAGUGCCGUACAAGAAGGAUGUAGGCAAGACUCUGUGUCCACUGUGCUUUUCCAUCCUCAAAGGCCCGAUCUCGGACGCGCUGGCUCACCAUUUACGGGAGCGCCACCAGGUCAUACAGACAGUGCAUCCGGUGGAGAAGAAGCUGACCUACAAGUGCAUUCACUGUCUGGGCGUGUACACCAGCAACAUGACUGCGUCCACGAUCACGUUGCACCUGGUGCACUGCCGCGGUGUGGGCAAGGCACAGAAUGGACCUGACUCCCGGCCGGCGCUGGCCGGUCCCACCAAACGUGAACUGGAGCCCGCAGACUCGUAUCCCGCCAAAAGGCUCAAAUUGCAGGAGACGGAGCGCUGCCCAUCUCCAGUGACUGGUGACAGUUUGGAGGAGCCGGUGGCUCUGGCGCUGGACCCCAAGGGACACGAAGAUGAGUCGUAUGAGGCCCGCAAGGCCUUCCUCACAGCCUAUUUUAACCGGCAGCCCUACCCGUCCCGCCGGGAAGUGGAGAAACUGGCCUCCGCUUUGUGGCUGUGGAAGUCUGAUGUCGCCAGCCACUUUGCCAACCGGCGGCGGACGUGUCUGCAGGACUUUGAGUUGAGGAAGCACAGUGUCCUUUUGGGCUUCGACAUGCAGGAGGUCAGCAAGCUGAGGCACAGCCUGGACUUCGGUUCAGAGUGGCUCUUUCAGAGCAAGCCGGCCAACAAGAAACGGACAUCCAAACACAUGGUUGGGCAGUCCGCGGAAUCCGCCAGCCGCCACCGAGGGAAUGUCUCAGUGGCUGUUGCCCAUCUGCACCAACAGGGGAUGCUCACAAACGGACCACACAGGACAAUCCAAGGUACCUUAAAGCCGACUUCUGGGAAGGAAUUGGAGACUAUUACGGUGGACUCGGACAGCGAGUCUGAGGAGGAGCGUUGCUGCAGGAUGGGAAACAGCAGGACGCUUGAUAUGGAGAGGUACAAGAAUAACGUCGACGCUGUGCAGAGUCAGGAGCCAACGGCUAGCAUGGCCGAAUCUGCUCUUGGGGGUGAAAAGGUGCGCUUGCAGACCCCAUCGAGCAAGGGCCCAUCCGCUCAUAGCCAGAACGGUUACAGGCUGGAGGAGCACGAGGCACAGCAUUGCAAGGCAGAAGCUGAGGUGGAGGGGGACGGCUGGUCAGCCUCUAACAUGUGGCAAAACCUGAGUGGCAGAGGAACACGGGAAGCAGUGGGGGAGGGGAUCCUGGAGACAUCCGAAGAUGGCGUGACGGGAGGCGCGCAGCCGCUGCCUGCUCUGCUGGGUGGGGGGCUGGAGCUUAGCAGUCAGGAUGCGUGACAGACACACACAGCUAACCUCAAACAGAGCCACUCCUCGGGUGCCGGCAAGUGCGCCUGGACAGUUGGGACCGGCAGCUGAGGGACUGUGACCCUGGGAACCUUCUUGCUCACAAGCCGUUGUCUGGAGAACAGAAGCAAAGGAACAGAGUUUUGGAUGUUCUAGAGCGCUGCUUUGUGUCAAGGUGCCCCACAGGGUUAAAGGUGGAAUACUCUGCCUUUGUGCAGGUGACAUGGUGUUGAAGAUGCAAAAAAGUAAUGCCUUCAGUGUAUUUAAUGUCUUCAGAUGCUCAGUAAGAUGUUUUUAUUUGGCCCUUUGGAACGUUACGGGAUUGUGACUGGGCAGCCGCUAUGACGUUUUGAAGCUGAAAAAUCCUAACUCUUUAAUCAAACACAAUACUGUAUAUUUGUACAGUCUUUUAGACCAAUUUUAGACUUGUUGCUUUAGUGCGUGCGUCUUCGCUCUACUUACUGCUCUUAGUGCUCAAGUCAGGUCUUAUGAUCUGCCUCGGGCCACUUUUCUGGGUAGUAAGUGUUGUCUUGUUCUGUUCCAUUUCAUUAUUUUGUAACAAAACUAGUAUUUUGCAAAACAAAUCUAUAUGACCUUGAAUUACAAGUUGACAUUUCUGUUUUGUGCUGUAAAAACCAUACAUUGGUUCUUUUUUUCGUUCCAGGAUGGUUCAUCUCGCUGCCUUCAGCGAGUAGCAAUUCCAGCUCUUUUCCCUCAUGUAGUGUUUUAAAGUUCUGAUUGAUUUUGCCAGAGAUCAGUCCUCAGAGCUACACAGUACCUUUCUGAAGAGGUUUAAAUUUUUUUUAUAUAAACUGACACCCUUUCUGUGGUGUGAACAUUUAUUAAUGUAUGACUCUAUGGAAUGUUAAUUUGUGGUCUCAUCUCCCUUUUGUGUUUUUCAUUGAAGCCUUUUUUUGAACAAUUAAAGUGAUGCAUUGUUCACACAAAUGGCUGCUGCUGGAUUACUGACCACCCAAUGGAGCAAUGCAGCCGGUGCAUUGACUGGUGGGCCAGGGCGGGGUGGGGGUGAAGUCUCCUGCCAGACCCUCAUCAUGUUAUCCUGAAUUUUACUUUG